UUCUGCAUACAACAGAUGUCAUAAUAUUUAGACUCACUACAAAUGUAAAAGGUAUGUGCCCCAAUUUUCCGGGAAUCGGUCGUUAUUAAUGACUCGUUAACCAAGGUUGAAGAACAAUACAGAUUAAAACUAAAUACAUAGGGUCCAGCCUUCCAAUUCAGUUAAAAAAUUGGAGAUUUUUUUGUUUAGAAAAUACGUCCACAAAUUCCAAGAAUUUCGGAACUUUCUAUUUUUCCUUGCGUAAAAAAGCUACCUUUUUCAAGCUACACGAGCCAACAUUUUAGUUUUACAUGUUCACUUACUCCUAAGCAGCACAUACAUAAAUAACAAAUAAUUAACCAAUAUUUCACGAUAACAAAUAGAAUUUGGUUAAGUUCAAUUUAUUGAUUGCGAAUAUACAUAUAUAAGUCGCCAAGUUCAGCAAACACCGAAUCCACAUGGAUCAUGGACACCAGGGAAAAAAUGGGAAUGUGCAAAGUGCUCAAAACAGUUUAAAUCCAACAAUUAUUUUACUCAACACAUGGUCACGCACGAUCCCGAUGCCAAGGUCAAAUGUGAGGUUUGCGACAAAACUUUCAAAAACAAACGAUCCUUAUCUACACACAAAUUGGAUACUCACAACAUUCGGAAGCGCCCAAGGUGUGACACUUGUCACCAGGUUUUUUCCAGCGUUGGUAAUUUGCAGCGACACAAUGACACCGUCCACGGAGGGGAAGAACCCCCUUGUUUCUCGUGUCCGGUUCCUGGCUGUGAGAAAGCUUGAAACACGUGGAAACUGAACAUGCCCAGAAUCCGGUCCGAUAUUCGUGUACGCUUUGCAUGAGGAAGUUCAAAACGAGGAUUGAACUUGAAGCUCACAUUCCCACCCACAGGACGGAGCAGAGAUACCAUUGUACCACUUGUUUGAGGGGUUUCGCCCGUAAGGAACAUAUGAAACUUCACGAGGCGACACAUUUGGAACAAUCUGCCCGGGACGUGUUGCAGUGUGAUGUCUGUCCGCGGACCUUCUUAAGCAAACUUGGUCGACAACUCCAUAUCCGAGCUGCGCAUGAAAAUCAAAGGAAUUAUCCGUGCACAUUUUGUGACAAGAGAUUCUCCCAGACAUCCAACUUGAAGCACCACGUGGAGGCGAAGCAUUUCGCGAAUAAGGAACAGUCCUGCGAAAAGUAGAAGAGCCGUUCGAAAUGCAAUUUAGUAAUACCCCUUCACAGAAUGCGUCACAAUGCAGCGAGGCAUAGAUUUUAAUAAUUGGAUUACACGGAGCUUAGUGGAAAAGUCGAAGAAAAAGCUUGGUUUUAUUUGGUCAAUAUUUCGAAUGCUAUCUGCCAUUCAUUAUCAAGACAUUUACAAGAAGAUGAGAAAUUUUUAGAUUAUAGCAUAGAUUUUACUUCUGUGGGAAGAAAUUCUUCACUUAUCGCGAAUUGGUCGCACAUUGUCGAGUUCAUAUGUAUUUACUUUAGAAAGUUAAAAUAGAUAUUUAGUUAAUAUGUAGUAGAUAUGUACAUAAUGGAGAUAUAAGUAAUUUUCGAAUUUUUAUUAAAUUUGCGACAUUUCGCAACACUUCUUUUGUAGAAACCCAUGCAACUUCAGUUUCAAAUUUAUUUACAGGUAUUUCACUAUUCGAAAUGAUUUUUAUUCCCAAGCUAGCUUCAAGGUCCUUUGCAUAAUCUUGGAUGAACUUUGCCGUCAGGAAAGACGCUGAGUCAUGAUGAAAAAUCACUUAUUUAUUUUCAUCCCCACGGGGGUGCGGGUGACAGGGAUGAAAAUGUGAGAGAAUUGCCACCAUUUUUCCUAACUUGGAUUACGAUGUGUUCGAAAUGGGGCGGAGAAGCGUGUGGAUGGCGAAGUUCGAGGCUACUAAAUAAUUUCAUUUCAUAAACUUGCUGUUCUACUGAACAAAGAUUUUGUAUGAUUUAUUUUUAAACUGGGAGAUGUGGUACACAGAGAAUACGCGAACGCAGGAAUUUUCAGUCAAAAUGACUGCGCAGUAAACCAAACAACCAACGUUAAUCAAUAAAUAUUCCCCAGUUGAUAUUUUCCCCACUGCAAUAUUGGCUUUCACGUGGGAACAUGGGUCCUAAAAGAAUGCCAGGCGACGUGUGGGUGGAACGGGAGGGCAACUUCGUCAAACUUUUGCGAUGCCGCACGGCCGAAGAAUCAAUCGGCGACGUCACGACGAGACAAACCGUAAUUGCUGCAAUGGCUCGCGUUCAUCGGGAGGUUAUCGACGCGGAAAAAUAUGUCAAACACCCGAGCGACUGCAAGCAGAUAGAAUUUUUGCUCUUGCCGUAUCCAGAUAACCACUCCUCAUACGAUGAGAACAUGGAGGUGGAGUUGAAAAUGGAAAAUUGUGUCAGUAUCGAAACGCUUGUGAAAAAUGUGGGACAGGUCUUGAAGGGGAAGUUUUUCCUUUGUCGUACCAUAACUCCGUCUAGCAGGAUAAUCGGAGUGGACGCUGGUGUGGAGGAUCCUGAAGGAAAGAGGGCCAUGCGACUUGGCCUAUUCAAUUAUUCUCUGAAUGCUAAAAUGGGGAAGUCGGAUUUCGAGGCAGUCCUCCCACUGGGGACGAUGUUGAUCGUGAAGAAUCCUGUGUUUAAACAGUCUUUUGACCAUUCGCCCAUCCACGGACUGAUUGUUGAUAACCCGGGCGAUGUGGAGAUACUCAGUCCAAAGAGGAUGACAGCGCUCUUUCCAGGUGUCCAAUGGAAGUCAGAUCUGCCUAACGAGUCUCGAGUCUUGUUGAAGAAAUCUCUCCCUUUUUGGGAGUUCUCUCCUGCCAAAAGCGACCUCGAGAUUGCCACCAAGCUCAAGAACGUGGGAAACAAGGCCUUCAUCGAGAACCGAUCAACCGAUGCGAUCCGAUUUUACGACGUGGCAGCUGAAUACUUACCUGACGACGAAGAAGAGAUAACUCCAGCCGUGUCGACACUUCUGGUUAACAUCUUGUCCAACAGGGCAGCCGCCCUGAUUAAACUGGAGUGCUUUAAUUCAGCCCUAAUCUGCACGGGUAAAGCUCUUGGGAUUAAUAACGGGCACGUCAAGGCGAUCUAUCGUCACGCCAAGGCUCUCAUUGGACUUGGCCGAUACUCUGAAGGUGGCGAAUUUUUGGACGAAAAGCUCACCCAAUUCUCAUCCCUUGGAGAUGAUAUUCUUCGGUUGAGAUCCACCGUUCCAGAACUGUUGAAGCCACCCGGAAAGGAAAUUAUUCGUGCUUUGUUAAGCCUACGACCAAUGGAUUGCGGUCACCCUCAGAAAGAUUUACCGGUCGGGAUGGUGGAUCGCGUUCCAGAAUUUCGAGGACACGUUCAACUCAAGAAGAGUAAAAUCUGCAACGGCGAAGGACUAUUUGCUACUCAAGAUCUCGAACCUGGAACAAUUAUCCUCGUUUGCAAACCCUUCGCCGGGCUGUAUGUCAACCCACAAGAAGAGAAAGCAUUUAGAGAGAGCACAACUACCAAGCAAUUCCUUGUCGGCGUUAUGGCGAAUAAGAUUUGGCUUGAUCCUCUACUUGGCCAUGACCUUUACGCCCUCUGGGCUGGACCUGAGCUUAAAACUUUGACGGACAAUGAAGACACUAAAAUGACAAAGGUCGACAUUGCUCGAAUCAAAAAGAUUUGCAACUUUAAUUUCACUGAGAACGUCGUUGACAAAGAAGAUUACGACGACGACGAGGCCGAGGCCGAAGACUUCAUUUCCUGCGGGGUUUGGAUCCCCGUGUCCAAAAUUAAUCACAGCUGUAUUGACGCCAACGUUAUGUUCGUCCAUCACGAUUCCACCCUUGUCAUGAUGGUCACUACUUUCAAAAAGGUGAAAAAGGGAGAGGAAAUUCUGAUGAGUUAUAUAGACCCAUUCCUCCCAUUGGAAAAGAGAAAUUUUAUCAGUCAAGGCGCCUUUAUCUGCAAAUGUCGACUCUGCGAACUUGACCGAUCUGAAAGUCGCGCUCUGAUUGCGAAGAGAGACCGGCUCAUCAAAAGUCUAGCCUACGACCCCGACACGAACUUGUACCCAUCUCAUCCUUGCCUUCUUGCACGCGACCUGGAAACAAUCGCCGAAGUGGAAAGUCUGCGUGCGGCGUCGCCCGACCUGAAUUUCGCCAUGACAUGUCCUGGAAUUUAUACCAUUGCUGCCGUCGUGCUGCUUGACCAACGUCGUUACGUGGAGUGUUUGUCCAUCUUGGAGAAAAUUUACGCCGUCGUCGAGAACGUCCCGACUAGCUGUAUGCAUCGUGCACAGGCUGAAAUCAUUUUGAUUUGUUGCAUGCGAAUGGGCAAGAAGAAGGCCGUGCUAGAAAAAUGGACGGAGGAACUCAGGAAAUAUUGUCGUCUUUAUGCCGGAACUUUGGAACAUGUUCGGGUUGGAAGGUAUCCCACAAUUCCGGAGGACUUGAAAAAAUUUGGGAUUGAAUUUUUUAAUGACACUGACUAAUUAACUGAGAAUGCUAGUAACUCAUAUUUUUUGGCUUAGUAUUUUGCAUUUCAUUUUUAUGACGAGGUAAUUCUUGUUGAAUUUGUGACGUUAUUUUUCCUUUGAAAUAUAUUACUUUGACUUGAUGAAUUUGAUAAAUAAAUAGUUACAAUUAGUAUGAGCGACAAA